CGUCAACAGUUCAGUUCUUGAAACGAGGUGCAUAGGAAACAACUCUCACCUUUGCUUCACAAAAUUUGUUGUUUUUUUUUGUUGACAUUUAUUUUUGUUUAGAAAAAUUUUUAUAAAAAAGUUUUAUUCAUUUUAUUUUUUACUAUAAUUAUUUUUGUAUUCUCAUCAGUUUCUCGUGAUUGUGAAAAAAUUUCUUCUAUCCCAAUAGGGAUUUUUUUAACCAAUAUGUCGCAAUUCGUUGAGAAAAUCUAUGACGCCUAUCGAGAUCUCAUGGACAAUAAAAGUGAUCCAAGGGUCAAUGACUGGUUCCUAAUGAGCAGUCCACUGCCAACAUUGAUAAUAUGCCUCUCGUAUUCGUAUUUUGUCAAAAGAUUGGGACCCAAAUUUAUGGAGAACAGAAAGCCUUUUGAAUUGAGAAAAACAAUGAUCUACUAUAAUUUAUUUCAAGUGAUAUUUUCGUCAUGGCUAUUUUAUGAGUCAUUAGCCUCUGGUUGGGGAGGACAAUAUUCCUUGAAGUGUCAACCUGUCGAUUACUCGAGGAGUCCCAUGGCAAUGAGAAUGGCGAAAGGAUGCUGGUGGUAUUACUUUUCCAAGUUCACUGAAUUCAUGGACACGAUAUUUUUCGUUAUGAGGAAGAAGUACGAUCACAUAUCAACGCUACAUGUUAUUCAUCAUGGCUGUAUGCCAAUGUCCGUUUGGUUUGGCGUUAAAUUUACUCCAGGUGGUCACAGUACAUUCUUCGGACUUCUAAACACCUUCGUCCAUAUCAUCAUGUACAGCUACUAUCUCCUAGCAGCACUGGGACCCAAAGUUCAACCCUAUCUCUGGUGGAAAAAAUACCUAACAGCACUGCAAAUGAUUCAAUUUGUUCUCGUCAUGAUUCACGCCUUCCAAUUAUUAUUCAUCGAUUGCAAUUAUCCAAAAGCAUUUGUCUGGUGGAUUGGAAUGCACGCAAUUAUGUUCUAUUUUCUCUUUAGAAAUUUCUAUCAAGAAACAUACAAGAAGAGGGAGAGAAAAUUGACACUAGCCGCAAGUAAAAAAGAUAAUUACGUGAAGGCAAAUGGUACAAAUGGAAAUAAUACAAAUGGCGAAAUUUAUGUAAAUCACUACAAAAUGACAACGGGCUACAUAUCCGAUAAUGGAAUGAGGAAUCGUGUUUUCAUUGACAAACAGGAAGUUGAACAAUGAAUAAAUCUUUUUUUUAAAAUCGCCAUUUACAAUUACGUACAUAUAAUAUAAUUAUAGAAAAAGACUCG